UUUUGUAAGAGGACGAGUAGAGUCGAGUCGGGAUGGGGAACGGGUUGACAACUGAGCAAAAGAACAGGGAGUCAUUUGCACAACACAAGAGUCUGACCGGUACACAGAGGAAAACGUUUGGGAAUCGAAAACUAAGAAGGAGUCCGACUGAUGUGACGUGGAGAAGUCAUUUUCAAAGCACUGAUGUGACGACUGAUGAUAGAAAUUUUGGGCAAACGAACAACUUGGCGACUGGACAGAAGGCGAUUGAUUCUGAACAACCAAGCAAUUUAGCAACUGAGCAAAGGAGUGAUUCUGGACAACAGAGCAACAAUGCAACAGCUGAGCAGAAGUGUUAUGACCCAAAGGACACCACAUUUAUUUUCGUCGAUGGAGAAGACGACCACGAUUUUGAGUGCGAUGACUUCAAGUCUCGCAGAGCGAAGAUGUCCUGCGGUCAUACCGUCACCCCCAUGUCUCUCACCAACUGGUGUAAACGGCUGUUGGGUCAGGGUGAAAUCAGAUUUGUGUGUGGCCAACCCGGCUGUGAUGUUGAGUGGCCGUAUGACGAGGUGUGGAAAAUGGCUCUUCUGACCCCCGAAGAAAUGGAAAACUUUGAAAGGAAAAUGUUCAGUAGAGCUGCUAAAGAAUACUUGGACGUCAAAUCAUGUCCCGGCUGCAAGAGUUUUGUGGAGCGGAGAAACGUGUAUAAUCUGAGGGUCCACUGCGUAAUGUGCAAAGCUGAAAAGAAAAGGGCCUUUUCAUUCUGCUGGCAGUGUCUGGAGGAAUGGAAAGGUCCGGCUCCCCGUUCAGACCGCUGUGAAAAUAGAGACUGCCAGAACCCACUGGACAUACUGAGAAACUGCCCAGACAUCACCUUUGAGCGUUUGAGGGGGGUGUCCGGCUGCCCCUCCACCCGGGCCUGUCCCACCUGUGGUUUGCUGGUGGACCAUAACAAAAAAGGAUGUAAAUACAUCGGAUGUCAACGAUGUAAUGUGGUGUUCUGUUUUGUUUGCCUAAAACUAACCAAAGAGUGCCUGGAGCAGGAGGGAAGUUCAUUCUUCGUUUGUUGUCCGGUUGCCCCCAGACAGACCACCAUAACCGUGUGGCAGAGGAAAUAG